AGCUCAAAGAAGAGUCUCUGUUGUCUUCCCGCUGUCAUCCGACCACGCGAUCAUCUGGGAGAAUUACAUUGUCAGGCCCUGUUGCUGCUAUCGAUCGUCUUGCCGGGACCCUUUUACAGUCUUUGUUCUGCCGUGUUCCAUCGCCAUACCUUGUCGCUAUGGGCUCCAAUCUACCACUACCAUAUGCUGCGGAUGCUGAAAGCCCGCUGAAGCCUGCUGAGUUGCAGGUCCUGCGUGCGCAAUACGAGAAAGAGGGAGACUACGUAGGCGUGCAGACCAAGUUCAACUUCGCAUGGGGUCUUAUCAAAUCGAAUAUCCGAUCAGAACAGCAGGAAGGUGUGCGUUUGCUCUCUGAAAUCUUCCGCACUUCUCCCGAACGACGACGCGAGUGUCUCUACUACCUGGCACUCGGCAACUAUAAGCUUGCAAACUACGCGGAAGCGCGUCGCUACAACGACCUCCUCAUCGAACACGAGCCGCAAAACCUGCAAGCGGCGAGUCUACGGACUCUGAUCGAUGAUAAAGUCGCAAAGGAGGGGCUGAUGGGCAUCGCCAUCGUAGGAGGCGUUGCGCUCGCCGCCGGUCUGGUUGGCGGUAUGCUCUUCAAGGGCGCCCGGAGACGCUGAUGCGACCUCCUUGCCUAUUGCCUAUUGAUGGAUCUACUGUGCAGCGUGUCGAUUCCCUUCUCACCCGUACAUAAUAAUGCUCGUCCUGUUGGCUGCUGUUAUGGCAUUGAAUGGCGUUUCUUAUUUCCAUGAAUGUUCCCGUUUGCGACAGCCUGAUGUUUGUUGGCAUAGUCAUGAUCUGUCUAAAUAGUAUCACGAGCCGUCUGCUAAGCCAAUGAAUGAUAUG